AUGUCCUCUCUCGUCAUCAACGACCAGGGCAUCGAGCUCCGCUAUACUGAUAGCGGUGCUCCUCCGAGUACCAGCUCAACCCCGUAUAUCACGUUGUUUAUGGUCCACGGCAUGGGCUUCAUCGGGCCCAUCUUCAAGAAGAUACAGGCUUUGGCGCACUCCUCGAACCUUCGCGUCGUUGCCAUAAACCGACGUGGCUACACCGGCUCUACCCCCCUGACCCAAGCAGAGGCAACUGCACCACUCGCGGGGUCUGACGAAGACAAGGCGACAUACAUUGCCAACAGAGGCCUCGAAAUAGCAAGCUUCAUCGACGCUUUUAUCCAGAAACACAACAUACCUCCAAUCGCCGUUGAUCGCAAGGGCGGCGGUGUGGGUCUGCUGGGUUGGUCCGCAGGGAAUGUGUCCACGCUGUCCGCCGUGGCAUACGUCGAUAGGCUGCCUCCGGCUGCGCAGAAACGGCUCGCAUCGUACAUGCGCGCGUUGAUUCUACAAGAACCACCGUCUCUCUGCCUUGGCAUGCCGCUUCCCCCGGGCACCUGGUCGCCGCAGAUCGAUCCCUCCAUCCCCGAGAAGUGUCAUGAACCGUUCUUCACCCAGUGGAUCACGUCGUACUUCGACCACGGGGACCUCUCAACACGCGACACGAACGUUCUCUCCUAUAUCGUCCCCUCCGUGUCACGCCGUCCGACGAUUUACGCCAUGUCCCCCGAAGAUCGUCAGGAGUUCGUAGAGGAAGUCCCGGAGGGCCCAGCCAUGUUUUGUACCAUGGCGCAAGCUCUCGCCAUGUACCGCAGGGCGUGUUUCGAUCGCGACGUGCGUGCCCGGCUCCCAGAGCUGAAGGUAUGGUCCUUGACGGGAGAUGUUACCCCCUCGUUCUCUAUCGCGUCGUUCUGGACGAUCCAAGACGAGGACAAGGAACGCGGCGGCGGCUUCGUCAACUACAAGAUGAUUCCAGGUGUCAACCAUUUCAUGCACUGGGAUGACCCGGAAAAAGCCAUCCAGGCUUAUCUUGAAGCGUUGGCGUAG